CAAGCUGGACCAUCUUGUUACUAUUGCUCCUGGUCUCCUCCUCUGUCCGGGAGCGGAGUGGCGGGUCGUGAUGGCGCUUUACAACUUCAAGAAGAUCACGGUGGUGCCGUCCGUUAAGGAUUUCAUUGACCUGACUUUGUCAAAAACCCAACGGAAGACACCAACAGUGAUUCACAAAAACUAUCAGAUCAGCCGAAUUCGUCACUUUUAUAUGCGCAAGAUAAAAUUUACGCAACAAAACUAUCACGAUCGUCUCAGCUUAAUUCUGACUGAUUUUCCAAAACUUGAUGACAUACACCCUUUUUAUGCUGAUUUGAUGAAUGUACUUUAUGAUAAAGAUCACUACAAGCUGGCAUUGGGGCAGAUUAACAUUGCAAAGAACCUCAUUGACAA